UCCCCGCCUCCGCCGCCGCCGCCGCCAUGGCCGCCGUCGUCACCGCCGGGUCCCCGCUGUCCCCGGACGAGCCGGUCCCCAAGGGCGGCGCCGAGAAGGCCGAGGAGGAGCUGGAGGACGACGACGACGAGGAGGACGACGACGACGACGACGAGUUAGAUGAAACCAUCGCAGAGAGGCUGUGGGGCCUGACCGAGAUGUUCCCCGAGAGAGUCCGAACCGCGGCCGGAGCCACCUUCGACCUGUCCCUCUCCGUGGCCCAGAAAAUGUACAGGUUUUCGAGGGCGGCUCUGUGGAUCGGGACCACCUCCUUCAUGAUCCUGGUUCUUCCUGUGGUCUUCGAGACUGAGAAAUUGCAGAUGGAACAACAGCAGCAACUGCAGCAACGUCAGAUCCUCCUAGGACCCAACACGGGGCUGUCGGGCGGGGUGCCUGGAGCCCUGCCGCCGCUGACAGGGAAGAUCUGAUCUGCGACCGCUGCCUCGGAUCUGACUCCUGGGGGAAGAGUUUGAACCGUUUGAACUGUUAUUUGGGGGUCUGGUUUUUAGGUUGGGGUUUGGGUUUUGGUUUUUUUUUACACUUUGGCACACUGACCCAUCUGACACGAAGGGAAGAGAACCCCGUCCCUCCCCCAGGAGGCUCCCGGUUUCUGGGUCCGCGUUUCUCGCUGUCGUGAUCUUCCUCCUCGUCCCCCCUCUGAUAGGGGAGCGCGGCAAUCAGACGGUUACUCCAGCUCGGGCUCCCCCCACCACCGGCGGCCACCAGGGAACACCCCCUCUCCCAGGUCGGAGGGGAAGAGGCCUCCGGCCAUUAAGAACUACAUUUUGUUUUGUUCGCCUUGUUUUGUUUUAUGAGAAAGUUCACUCGGGGGCAGGGAAACGUACACAUACAACCAAUAGAGCAGUGACUUAACAAUCACUGUGAAUCCACGAGGGUCCCGAAGAAGAGAACGGGCCAAAAAACUCACCGCAGGAGGAGAAUGGGGGUGCCAGCAGUAAUUUAUUUCCUCCAGAUGUGCUGGCUCUUUGUUGGAUCUCUAAAGCGAUGUGUGUAUAAAAAGUCAGUGCUAACUUUUUGUAUUAAAUAUUAAAACAAUUCCACCGUAA